CUCGUGUCCCCCUAGCAGGAGCAUUUUGUUUAAAAAUUUACGAUUUCCGUAUACGCCGUCUGGUCAAUGGAAUUUUCUUGAAUGAAUGUGUGACUGAAAACUCUUAUUAAGGUUAGACGACCACCUGAAUCAUCUUACUGAAUUGAUAAGAGCUUAACUCUUGGAUAGCUUUUGCUGAAUACGAGCUUCUUAAGACGCGUCAGAAGCAGCAGAUACAGUAAAGGAUGCGCCUACAAUCCGGCGACGGUCUACUGCAGGCCGUCCAUAAUAAGAACAACGACAUAUUAAACUCCCCAAAACGGAUCAAUACUUUGCAAAAUAGCAACUAUACUCAAAACGCACAGAAUUCGAUCUAUUACGGCAAUGUUACUACAGCCGAUACAGCUAAUAUUACGGAUAAUAUACAGCAACUAACAAUUGAAGAUGUGGCUGCAUUAACCAAAGGUCAAACCGACACCGACACUGAAGAGUUGCAAUGGUGCAACUCGGAUCUGACGACAACCGGCGCGCAGACUCAGAAACUCCAAUACGACAAUAUCCAACGCCAUCUGGUGUUGAACGGCCUCAGCAACAAUCGGUUAAAUAUCAACAGCAACCUGGCAGCCCGACUGCAACGUUUGCAGGCGCAAAACGCGCUCAAUGCGCCUUUUUUUGCUCAGGAUCAAGAUCAACGGAUGCCACAGUCCCCCGAUGAUGUUCUCAUUGACGAUUAUGAAGCGCAUCAGAGCUGCAGUUCAUCAGCUUCAGCUUCGCCCCAAGACGAGGAUCGCGCUUUUGAUCCCUCAGAUUCAGCAGAAUCCUCUGACGAAGGCAACGAUUACUCGAGGCCUACCACCGCUGAUAUACGACCACCCAUGAAAGGUUUUGUCAAUCCUAAUUAUCCAGGAUUUCAACAUUUGGCUCAUACAUUAAACUUCGAUGAAGAAACUUUGAAUAACGCCAACAAUAAUAAUGAAAUUUUUGAGAUCCAUGACAAAUUCGACAGUGUUAACCGCCUGGACAGCGUGGAAAAUAUCCAGAAGGUAUUCCACGACAAAUCUCUUAACCUUAACAUAGACGGUGUUACUCCAAUUACUCCAGAACCGUUAGCCGCCACCCCAAAUGAUGUGCUGAGCAUAAGCGACGGAAGCGAGAAUAAUGACGAUAGUUGCACCACUGUUAAUGAAAACUUCAACAUUCGGAUUGAUGAGAAAAAAGUGUUUGAUAGUGUGUUAAAUGUCGGGGAGAACUAUGCAAGUGACGAUAAAGCACAGUCUAGUGAUGACAGUAAAACAGAUAAUAAAAGUAUUAGUGAUGUGACUAAAAGUGAUGUUAUUGAUAAAGAGAGUGUUGUUGGCGAUUUUAGGAAGGAGGUAGAAGAAGAGUUUGAAAAGCACUGCAGUGAUGCAGCAGAUAAAUCAAAACUCAUUCAAGCCACAGAGCAAGAGCUAGAAGAAACUGUGGAAAAGCUGCAAACCAUUACACCACUUCAACCCAUUCAAGCCUCAUCAACCACCAAUGAUGCACCAGUUAUCAUCCAACCAUCACCGAUCGUUGCUGAAAAGCCAUUAGUUCUAGAAGAUACGUUGAUAGUUAAAAGCCCUUUAAAAGCAAAAGCUCCUGAAGUACCUGUGACAACUCUUCAACUCAAGAAAGAAGAAACGUUGGCUAGACUGUCUAGAAAUUCAAAAUCAAAAGAAGAAAAGAUGGCUCAAAAUGUUGCCAUGCCUAUGGAGGUUGAUAGUAUGAUCAGCCUGAAUGCGUGUACCGAUCAAAAAUCAAUUAAAGACAGAACGAAGCCAGUUCCAUCGUUUCUGCCUUUACAAGAAAACGCCCCUCGUCAGAUCGAGCAAAUUCUCUCUCCAAUAGAAAAUAAAAUGGCGGACGCGACACUGUCAAGUUGCCAAGAGAGCAUUUCGAAAAUCGUAGUGGAGAGGCCUAAGAAUUUUUUGAAAACCCACCGAAAAAUGGACGUGGACACAAACGAGACGGAGAGUGUUCAGAAAAAGAUGGAUUUGAGUCGAAGAGAUUCAAAUAGGGAACUUGAGGAAAUCGAAAUUCAAAUUAAGAAGAUUAAGUCUGAUACUAUGAAUCAUUUGGAAGAGAUUGAAAGGUUUCGAAAAGAGGAAUAUACUAAAAAUUUCAAAGAAAAAGACGACGACUGUUGCUCACUACGCAAACCUAUGAUCCCAAAAACUUUUGUGAAAAAAAGAAGAGACUACAACCAACAAUUUGGAAGUCUGAUCACAUUUCCAAAGAGGGAGAACAUUAAGAGAGAUCCUUUGAACAGAAGAUCUGUGCCCAUGGUGAGAGAUAGAAGAAAAGCACAUGAUGAGUCUUUAGGAGGAUUUGACGUAUACAAUAUCGAAACCGCAAUGCCCAAAAUAGACUUAGAUGCCAUUGAAAAUCACCUAAAAGCAGCAAGGGACGAAGAACGUAGGAGAAGAAUAGAUCGAGAGGAGAUUAGAAGGCGCCUAGCAAUGGGAAAUGAAGAUGACUAUUAUUCAGACAGACCUGGCAGAAAACCCAGUUUGCAAGCCAGAUUACAAAGUGGAAUGAAUCUUCAAAUCUGUUUCAUGAACGAAACUGUAUCUGACAAUGAGAGUCCGUCGUCAGAUAAUGAAUGCCCACUAACCAACCCAAAGCCAACAAAAACCUCCAGGAAUAACCCACAAUUACAAAAAAGUGGAAGUGGAAAUGUUUUACAACCCGCUCAGAGGCCUGCUACUUUGGCUUUGCAGCCUGCACCACCACCACAAUUAGGUGGCGCAACUUCAGAAACUGAUUUCUUCACUAAACAAGCUCGCCUUCAAACGGAAGCGCGGAUGGCAUUGGCCCAAGCGAAAGAAAUGGCCAGGAUGCAAAUGGAGAUUGAAAAACAGCGCCAGAAGAAGUCCCCGAUAACGGAAAUGGUCAGAAACAGUUUGGAAAAAGUGGGAAUACCCUUCCCGGAAGAAAAACGUAGACUGUCGAGACAAAUCUUAACCGAUAUGAACGUGGCUCAGCUGCAAGUGAUCGUGAACGACUUGCACACCCAAAUUGAGACCUUAAAUGAGCAGUUGGUUAAAUUUCUGAUGAAUAGGGACGAUUUACACAUGGAACAGGACUCUAUGCUGGUUGAUAUUGAAGAUUUAACCAGAUAUUUGGGUGCCAAGGAGCAAGUAUUAAAAGAGCAACAACUAGCCCCGACUCCUCAAAACAACAAUUUGUUACCUCCACCCUCGCCGGCUCCUUCGUCUCCAUUAACGACCUUAAAUAAUACAGUUAGGCCUCAUUUAAAUAGGAUAGCAAGCUUAGUAAAAAAGUAACAACCCUCCCCGUCCUUGUAAAAUGUGUAAAUAUCAUUUUGUUUUGGAUGUGUAGUUGACCUAUUUGGCUUUUGCAUAGCUUAGUGGGUAAGUUGUUGAAUUGGUAAAUCACUUAAGGUAGAUUAGGAUAAUCCGUUUGAUGAUAAUGAAUUUUUUGACUGUGCUUAUGAUUUUUUGUUUAUAGUUUGGCUUGUAAUGGUAUUGCAAAGUAGUAAUAUGGUAAAGAAUGUUACUAAAAAGUAUUCUGAAAAAUAAUUCGAAAUAGUAUUUUGGGGCUUAUAUAAAUUCUAUCAAAAUUUAAACCAAAACAUAUUUGUUUUUAGCUCCUAAUUCUUAAAAUAGUUAUUUAUGUAACAAGUGUGCAAAAUGAUGUGUAAAAUGAUAAAAGGGGAUUUUACACACUGUAACAUACAAACAUUUUUGUAUUACCGAACAAAGCAGUAAAAAAAAUUAAAAAUACUAAUUUACUUUACGUAUUAGUGCGUAAGACAACGUAAAGAAAAAUUUUGACAAAUUAUAAAAUGAAUGUAAAAUAAACAUCAAAUUCCUGUUUUAAAAUUUAAAAGUCAAACCCUGGAGAGUGUGUAAAGUGAGUAGUUUACGCACGAUAGUAGAAAAAUAAAAUUACAUUUUCUAAUAUAUAAUCACAAAGUGCUAUGGUCCAAAUCCGCGGAAAUACAGCUAAUAAUUUUGUUCUAUUUUCAAUAGGACUUAGUCACUAUAGAUGUCAACCAGCUUAUUUAAAGAUUCCGCACAAUACGGAUAGUACCAGAACUGGUUGAUUGGUUGAUUAUUUGAGUGGCAAAAAGAAAUGUUUAACUCUUUGAGGUACAGAAAAAAUGGUAAAAAUUUACCCAAGUGGUACAAAAAAAAAUGUAUUCCUAUUUAUAACAAAAAAACAUAAAAACUAAUUCAAGGUGCUCUAAAAUAAAACAUAACAUUGAGAAAUAUCAAAUUUUUUACUUUUUUCUUUAAAAAACGCAUGGUACAUAUCGCCCCCUUAAUGCAACAACUAGAUAACUUAAAAUUCAUAGUUUUGAGAAAAUGCAGUUUAAAAAUUCAAGCCGCGAAAAAAAUACACCUUCUAAAUAAUAAAAAAAUGUUUAACUUUUACAAAGAUAUAAUGCAUAUUAGGCUAUAAUUUGGUGAUCUAGAAUACAAUAAAAUUUUUAUAUUUUUGAAGAAUUUGAUAAAAAAAGAGAGAAAAAGUUGAGAUAUCUAGUUGUUGCUCCACAUUUAUUGAACAAAAAAAGAUAUCUAGUUAUAAAUACCUACUUGCCAGUUAAACAAAAAAACAUCCAUUGAAUUAAACUUUAUUUGAUGAACAAAUUUAGGAUAACGGUAAAGUCCGCUACUCAGGAUCGGUGAUGAGUCGGUUUGAUGCGCUGAUUCACAAAUUUUUACAUUGUAAAUAUAGGAUGAGAAAUAGCAAUGAUUUGCGAAUCAGAGCGUCAAAUCGGUGCAUCAAUGAAUAGUGAGUAGCGGGUUUAACAAAACAGUAAGAAAUCCACUACUUAAAUGUCAUUAUCACUUAUGUCACUAUCGGAAUCUUCUAUGUUUUGAAGCGUUUUACGUGAAUUUCCUUGAAAUGGGAGAUUUUCAUAAAAUCUUUUAUACUCACUAGGAAGGGCUGGAGGAUUCAUUUUAAACAAUGACAUAAGGUCGUCAUAUUUUUCUUUCUUAAGAGGUAGCUGAUUUUUAUACAAGGGCUCUAAAGUAUUGUUUGCAGAAGAUAUACGUGUUUUGCGAUUGCAGUUUAGUCGUCUGAACUCACCAUCGAAAUCUUCUUUAAAGUGAAUGAUAAAAGGUGCCGAUUUUGAAAAGUUUAGCCAACAAAUUUUCUGCCAACUAACCACCUCACGGCUUUCAUCUUCUUUUCUGAAAAUUAACUUUCGGUCUGCGUAACUUUUCCAGUUAAGAAUUUGUUUAUGUGUUAUAUUGUGAACCAAAUAUGGCUUAUCACCUCUUCUUCUUGCGCACCGGGCUAUAGUUUUAUCAUCUUCAGGCCAGUUUGCUUUUCGAACUCUCUUUAGUUCUGUCGAUAUAGCAGAGUGCAUAGAAUCGCACUCCAUCUCACUUUCAUGUCCCACGACAAGAAACUUAAGAUCGAUUGUUUCGAGAGUUGGAAUUUCCUGAACUGCUGUUAAACACAUUGCUGCGACAUAUUUAUUAAGAUGUUGUCCUCCACAUCUAUCACUGUAGCGAAUAAUGCUUUUAACAUUUUCAGGUAAUGAUUUAAAAUAGCUGUAGAGGCAACUGGCAAUUUCGCAACUUCCGCGCUUGCCUUCAACUUCACUCCACAUGUUGCAGUCUCCUUGUUUAGACACAACAUUAUAGAUAGUAAAAUUAAAGGAUUUCAAUCGCUGUUUAUAGAACAACGCAUUAUUUGACGGAUCAUUAGGAGUCAUGAGAACUUGUUGGAGAUCAAAAUUGCAGCAUAAAAUGUUGCUGUUGGAGCUUUCAGCUAACGCCUUGUCCGACCUUUUUUCCUGGCGAGCCUUUUCUUUGGCAGCUAGAUCUAUAAUUUCAGUUUUUAUGCUACCAGGUGUAUUGUAAGUCAUACAUGUGCGACACUAAUCCUUUCUCGGCCGGAAAAAACCCAGGUUAUAUUCUUCACAAAAUAUCUUUCUGUAGGCUGAAGAAGUUGCAAAUGGCAGAUUAUUCUCUAAACACUCGUUUUUAUACAUUGUGUACAUAAUAGUAAUAUUAAGAUCAGACUCUAAAUAUUUCCUUUGAGUUUUUUCUCGACAAUAAUGCGAGGCCAUGACAGGAAACUUUUCAAUAUGUUUUCUUACUCCUUCUAAAACUUCAGGAGGUGUGGCAUUCUUUAGACCUUUGCCCCUUUUAUCCUUUGAAGUAAUAUUUCCUUCCAUUCGUUUUUUCAUAGCGAUAUCUAUAGCACUCCUUUCCGUAUUCCCAGAGUAUUUAUAAACAUGGUCUUACAAACUUGAAUCUUUGCUUCAACGGUAGGCAAGAAAAAGAUAAUAGUAUUUUAUUAGAAUUUUCUUUGGUUGUCCAUUUUUUUGCUAUUUUUUCUGUGUUGCUCUGUAUAUAAUUUCUUUGUUGUUCGUAUGAAUCAAGCUGAUAGUAACUUUGAAAAAUUUUGAGACGAUCAUCGUGGGUUAAUUUGUUACUGCAUUUUCUUCUAUAUUUUGCCGUGCACGGAUCCUUUAAUGACACUCCAGGAACGUAUUUUCCUCUGCUGGAGAUAUAACUUUCGCCAUGCUGUCUCCUUUUUUUGGAAUAUUUUUUUCAACUCAUUUGGAUUCCUCUUCCUCUUUCUAGAUUUUUGGGUUUUCGAAGGAAAUUCUUCCAUACCUUCGAGUUGUAUGUCUGUUGUCAAAGUCGAGUUUUCAAUACCUAAUUCUUCUUCAGAUGUUUCACCUGAAGAACUUGGAACAUAUUCUGAAACCUCGGGUGAAAAUGGUUCUAUAUCUGACUCCAAAUUGUAUGAUAAAGGAGAACGUUGAUUACUGGGACCAGGCAAAUUGUCAUUAUCUGAAAAAAUAAGAUGUAUUGCUAAGAGGUAAAUUCAUCCAAAAAGUAUCUGCAGAGGUUUUGAUAUUAUGCAAAAAAAUACCUGCAGUCUGUUGCGCAUUAGAAUAGGGUUCGCUCUGCGAUAUUGAUGUGUUGUCUAUAACAUUCACAACCUUUUGUCCAUCGUUUACUUCUGGCUUGGGUUCUUCUGAAGGAAAAACAGCAAAUACAAUAAGAUAAGGUACUGUACCCAGACGUUGCUAUGAAAAAGUGUCGAAAAUUAGUUUUUGAAAUAAAGCCAGAGACAAUUAAAAACAUACACCCGAUUUUCGUUUUAAUAUAAAUAGAAUAUCUCGCAAACUUCUAAAAUAUAAAAAAAUAAUUAAUGGGUUUAGACUAACAUCCAUAAGGCGAGCCUUUUUAACCGAGUUCGUAUCUCUUAAUUUGUAAAACCCUGCUACAACUGAAAAAAAUGAAAUACACUCAUUUUAUGUAUUUACAUAACCUCACUUUCUGGCUUUAUUUUAUUUGUAAGUUUAUUAAAGUUAAUUAUCACAUACCUUCAAUAUUUUCUGAUUGCCGACGUAAAAUUUCUAACAUAUUCUUUCCUCUUGACGUCAUUUUUUUUAUAAUAAACCACUUUAAAAUAAUUGUUUUAACACUGAUAAGGCACCUGUUGUUUCAAACACACCACUGGAUAUUUCACACAGAUCGAGAAGGUACGGCGAAUAACUUAAAUAACACUAGGGCAACAACUAGGUAUCUCAAGAUGCAGAGUUUAAGUAUUACAUUAAGUGGUAAUAUAAGUCAAAUCGACGAGUUAAAGAAUGUAAAUUUUGUUUGUUUUGGGAGUUAUAUAUUUUUUGCCACUGUGUAAGUAAAGACUAGUCGCAGUGUAGAAGAUAUCUAGUUGUAGCAUUGAAAAGAGUAAGCAGUGUAUAAGGGUAUACUUAACUGAAUAACUCAAAAUGUCUAAAAUUUAAGUUAUCUAGUUGUUGAAUUAAGGGGGCGAUAUUUUGACCCACCAUACCACUGCCUAAAGUUAUUUUGUAUGGUAGGACUGAAAACAAGACUUGUUCUUUCCCAAACAUAGGGGAACUUGACACACGCUGCAGGUCCAGUUUGUGCGUAUUUCAAAUUCCUUGGAACUACAGACUGCACAUAUUCGUCUACUGGUUCGUACUGGCUGAUGUGUACUUUGAGUAAGUCUAAUCGUUUCUGGUUGGGAAGGUUUCCUUUUUUUGAUGGGAGUUGGUAAUGGUUUUUCGGUACUCUGUAAUGAUGUUACCAAUUUGUCAGCAACUAGAUGUUCUAUAAUAUUCAAACGAAAUUCUUUCAUGUUCAUUUUAGGCCCUUCAGAUAACUUGUAAAGCACGUAAGCAUUAACAACAGCAGCAUUAAUAAAGAAAAACAUGAUUCUAUGCCACCAUUUUUUGUUUUUUCGGUCGAGGCCGUAAACUGCCCUCAUUUGGUCAAAUUUGUCUAUUGAGUUCAUAUGUUUAUUGUAAUCAGUCAGCGCUAUUGGGCAAGCUAUGUUUUCUACACUGCCGUCUUUCGCUUUUCUUUUGACCUCAGUUUUGUCAUCUGGGUUGUGAUAAUUUGAAAGAAGGUGAACUGUUCUUUUAUCGCGCCAUUUAAAUGCUGAAAGUCCUGUAGAACUCACGUACAAACUCACUAGUCACAGUCAACUCUGUGCAUUGCUUUAUUUUCCAGAAAUUGGGGCAUAUUUUUUCUGGGUAUGUCUAACAGUACCACAGGCAUAUAACUUUUCUUGAUACAGUUGAUUCAUUAGGGCUACAUUUGUAAAAAAGUUAUUUAAGAAAAUUUUAUGAUACCUGUGUUUUAAAUUUUGUGUCAUCUGAAGCACUACUUUGGUACCCAAACAUUUUUCUGCAACAGGACCGGUUUUGCCACAAUAUAUUUCAAAAUCCCAGCAAUAUCCAGUGCUGUCAGCUAUCAUCCACACUUUAUAGCCUCUUUUCACUGGCUUUGCAGGCAUGUAUUGUUUGAUCGUAGAUCGGCCUUUAAAUUUUAUCACAGACUCGUCCACUGAUAAAAAUUCGUGAGGAUGCAGACAGGCUUGAAAGUUGGAUUUCAACAUUUCUAAAAAUGGUCUUACCUUAUAUAAUUUAUCAAAAUUAUCGGAAUUUCGGUUGGGCAUGAAGUUGUUAUCAUUAAGAUGUACAUUACUUAGGAGCCAACCAAAGCGAUGGACAGUUAUUAGUCUACUAAUAUAGGGAUCAUGUAAAAUUGGAUCUGUACUCCAGUAAUCCCGAUAUGACAGCAGCUUUUUGAUACCCAUUAGUAAAUUUAUACCAAUAAAUGUACGCAUUUCUACACUAUCGGUGGGCUUAUAACUUUGGCCGGAAUUGUGAAAAGUUUGCUCUGCGUAGAGGUUUGUUUGAAACACCAUAUGUUCGACAAUUUUGUCUGAAAUCAGAAGUUUAAAAAUAUUAUGUGGUGUCACCCUAUCUAGUUCCUUUUUGACUUGGGCUAGUCCUGAAUAUUCCAUAAAUUGGACAGGUGGAACCGUUUUAUUAUUCUUACUCCACUGUAUUUUGAAUAAUGUUUUUAAUUCGCUCAGUGGAAUAAGGUCUUCAGGGUCCCAUUCCUCCGGUUCUUCAGAUGAUGAUAUUACCAUAUUAUCCGUUCUGAUAAAUUAUUUGUGAUUUCUGGCUCGUCUACAUAAUUUCCAUUACAACUAUUAAUUACAAACAUUAUCCGAGUCGAUAUCUGAUGGAAUGCCUACAAAUUCACUGUCCGAAUUUUCAAUAUUCUCAAUUUUAUUAUAAAGAUCCUUUUCGGUCAAACCAAUAAGCUUAAAAGGUAAUGGUUCUGGAAAUCGGUCACUUGUCAUAUUUUGCUCCUACCUAAAAAAAAACCUUACUUGUAUGGUGGGACAAAAUUCAACCCAUAGUUAAAAAUACAGAAUAAAGAAGUAAGUAACUCAAUAAUUUCAAGUUAUUUAGUAUAAAACUGUUAUAUAAAAAGUAUAUAAAAUAUUUUUAACAAAAAAACAAUAAAACUUAGACGAAUAACCACUUGAAUCACUAGGCACAAUCAAGCGACAUCUGCACUUAAUACGUUUAAUCUCUAAGGCUUAUAUGAUCAUAUAGUCAGAAGAUUUAAUAAAUAAACUGACGUACAUUACUGGGAAAAAAACAAUUGUAGAUGGGUUAAAUUUUGUCCCUAAGUACUUCAAAGAGUUAACGAGAAAUUUCGUGUACAAAUUUGGCAGAAUAUACAUUAUGUUCUUUAUUAACAACCUGAAUAUUGACAUGCGAAAUUUUCAAUGUUUUAUUGAGCACCAAAUGCAUAUUUUAUUUAAGAGUUUUUAUUUCCAUAUUGAAUAAAAGAAGAGAAUAUACCUGGAUAAGAAUAUUGAUCUACUUGGAUGGAAUUUUCUUUGAUAAUAGUAUUUUCUUUGUGCUUUUACUCCUUUUGCAAUGCCGUUAUAGCAGCCUCGUAACGAGAUAAAUCUUUUUUUGAAAAUAUUAAUGCCUUACAUGUAUCAGGACUAAUCUGUUAAAAAACUACUCGAUUGUUCAUAUUGAAAAAGUGUGAAUCACUUGGUUUGUUUUUCUUUAUCAUUUUACGUUAAGUUUGUAGUGUCAAUAUUUUGUAUAAAUAGUAAGGUAUAAAUCAAUCUGGUCUAAAAGUUGGCCUUAUUCCAGGCAUCCAACCUAUAAUAUUAAACUUUCUUUCAAACAUGAAUUUAAAGACAGUUAAAGUACUAAGGUUGGGUGAACUUUGGCUGGACUCUUAAUGUCUGAUGAUAAAAUGUCUGUUCAAAAUCCAUCAUCUCAUAAGACUAUUACUUGAUUAGAAUGAUAUUAAAAACAAGUUUUUUUAGACCAGAUUAACUUAUUAGGAAUAACAGCUAUCAAAUCUUUAAUAAACAUCUUGUACAUGACUUAACUGAAAGUUAUAACCUAACAAUUUGGUGUGGUUUGUGAGCUGGUACGUCAUUGAGGGUUAGUCAAAAUCAAAACUUACAAAAAAUGUAAUCGACUUAAACGUUCUAACAUUGAGUGUUUAUGCCCCUUAAUUUAAUCACAACUCUCAUUCAACUUAAUUGAAAUCCUAUGAUUAAAUAUUAAAAAAUAAAUGACUAAAAAAAAAAUACAAAUAACCAACAUCUUGUAAUUAGUAAUAGAUACUGCAUCUAGUUUAUUUGAGCACAGUUAUCUCUUAUCUGUAUAUUAACAGCGUUUGGUGAAGUCGGGUAAAACAAAUAGUAUUUUCCUAGGAAACGCACGUUUCUUGCCCUAUGUAUAGUUACUUAAAUUUAACUGUAAGUUAUACAUACAUGUUAUAUGAAUCUCAUAUACACAAAACAAUUAAUAUAAAAUUACUUGACGUUUCGUGAUUACUUGUGAAAGCUGUUGAUUGAUGAUUUAGUCGUAUCCUAUACAAAUUAAUUAUUUUGCUAUACUAAUUCUUAUUUUGAAUGUUAAUAAAUGUCCUUGGGUCACAGAGUACAUUUUAGCAUUAUAGCUGUUUUGAUAGAGUUUAGCGGUUAAGUAAGUUCAUUAGUGAUAUUAAUUUAUUUUUGUAUGUGUCCUGAAAUUGGCAUAGUAUCUUUAUGCUAAAAAAUGUCCGACGUGUAAAUAAACUGUGUAGGAAAGUAGUUGAAAUUAGUAGAGUUUGUACAAAUGCAGUAUUGGCACUAUUUUUUUUUCAAUUUUAUGGUUUCUGGAGGAUCGUAAAAAAUAUAUUGGCAAGCCUAGUAAUAUUUUCAAUACUGCAUUUAGAAAAAUACUUACAGCUUUUACUGUAAGAUGUAGUGGUUGUAAUUAAUUAGUAAAUAAAUUACAUGCAUCACUUAUAGUACAUGAUGAUUGUUCGCCCCUUAAUUAGUGAAUCUCAUUUUAUUAUUUAUUUAAAAACGUGUAUAAAAUAACGUUUCGUCUACAAUACUUUCAGUGCCAUAAAACGUCUAAAAAAUAUUUAAUAACAGUUAAUUCCCUUAAAUAACAUGAAUACUUGUUCCGUAUCGUAUUUUUAAGACUGUUUUGUAUCCAAAGAAUUCUAAUAUUAUUUUAUUCGAGGUAUUGCCUCGAGGCAGAAAUGGUUGAAAUUUUCAAAAAAUUGUAUUUUUAAGUAUUAUUACCUAUUAAAAAUAAGUUUGUUUCCCGACCCUAUACGUAUUUAAGUAUACCAUAUAUAGUUAAGACCCAAUCUUUGUGAAU